CCCACUUAUAGUAUAAGUUUCUCUUCCGUACUAAACAGUUUAUUUACAGCUCUGACAACCAACGAACCGAUCGAUCUGAGUAAGAUGUAUCAAAACCGCAAGGAAUUUUUAAAGUAUCUUCUGCUGUUUAUAAGCAAUAUCGCUUUCCGAAUCUCUGCAGCUGGUGCAGAUCCAAAUAUUAUAACCAAGUCACAAUGGAAUGGUGUGGAGGCGACUAAUGAGCUGAGUAAGCAAACAUUGCCUAUUGGUCGUGUGAUUAUUUUACACACGGCCGGCGCAGAGUGUAAAGAUGUGGAUAACUGCUCACAGCAAGUACGUAAUAUCCAACACUAUCAUCUCAGCUCACAUUUUGACGAUAUUGGUUAUAACUUUCUGAUCGGCAGUGAUGGCAACGUAUACGAGGGACGUGGUUGGGACUAUGUUGGUGCUGCUGUACGCAACUACAAUGUUGGCAGUCUGAGCAUUGCAUUCAUCGGCACAUUCGAAAAGAGUUCACCCUCAGCAGGAGCUUUGGAUGCAGCUCAAUCUCUGUUGGAAAUGGGAGUGCGCAGCGCCAAGUUAACUGAUGAUUAUAAAUUAUUCGGACAUCGGCAAUUGUCCUCGACAACGAGUCCAGGUGCGGCUUUGUACGAAAUUAUCAAGCAAUGGGCGCAUUGGAGUCGCAGUGUUCGAUAAAUAUGUAAUGCAUAUGUAAAUACAUAUAUACAUACGUAGAUAUAUUUAUAAAAAUUAAAUAUUAAUUUAACAAAAGGA